AUGGACGGUCUCAUUGACGCCGCCCUCGAGGCUCGUGUCUCCAACACCAAGCCCAAGGACUUUGACGAGUGGAUCGUUCGCAACAUUGGAGAGGGUAUUGCCAACAUCUUCAUGCGUCCUUACAACUACAAGGUGUGGGCUGUUCCCACCACCAAGAUGCAAUGCGCCUGGCUCGGCGAGCGUGUCGCUGCGCCCAACCUGAAGCUUGUGACCAAGAACGUUGUCCUGAACAAGAUUGCUGGCAACUGGGGUCCCAACGCGACCUUCCGCUUCCCCGCCCGCGACGGCACUGGUGGCAUCUGGAUUGCCGUUUCCCGACACCCUCCCAGAGGACAAGAAGCGCUACGGCAAGAAGGAGAGAUGCUCAGCGCAUGCUACCGCAAUAAGAGCAUCUGGUACGAAUACAAGGACAGCAACUGGCACUUUGAUCUUGACCGACUCUUCGAUCAGUUCCAGACGGAGGGAUACGAUGUUCUCGAUACGGCUUUCAUCACUCAGCGUCUGAAAGAGCUUCCACCAUCGGCGCGCGCAAUCUUGGCCUGGGCUGCGCUUCUCGGCUACUCCUUCUCUUUUGAGCUCGUCAGUCGUCUCUUGACGGGCGAGUUCCAAUACACGGACGAUGUUGCUUGUGUUGACCCGAAUGCCCAAGAGGUGAACACAAAAUAUUCUAACGAUGAACUCAUCGCUGGCCUCCAGGCCGCCGUCAACGCGUGUGUUCUGAUGCCUGGCGAGACGGAUGACCGGUUCCGUUUCGCCCAUGACCGCUACAUACAGGCCUCGGCCGCUCUCAAGGAAUGUAACGCCCGCAAAAUGCGCUUCAUCAUCGCCCAGACUCUCAUGAAGUACUACUCAACGGAUGCUCGGGCGAGAGAUACUGCUUCGCUACACAUUUGCGAGUCCGCCGAGCUGAUUAAACGGCGAGUGAAGAUCCGCGAACCCUUUCGCACGCUGCUCCUCGAGUGCGCCGCUACGGCAACAGAGAACGAGGCACGGCCGACGGCAGCCAAAUACACUGCGAGCGCCGAGUGCAGUCUAUACAUGAAUCAGAAGAAGAGCGAGUCGUCUCUCUCGAUCCUUUUUGACAAGGGACGCACGGCGAUCGACAAGGCACCCGCUUACGUGCUGCAAUCACGGAUUCACGCCCAGGCUGGGGAUGUUACCGCAGCGUGCGACUCGCUGGAGAAGUGUUUACGCCUCAUGGAUGUCAGGCUGGAGGAACACCCUACGUACGAACGCUGUGACCGAGAAUUUGAACGCCUGGCGAUCAAGAUUCAGACGAUGGACAAGACGGAACUGAUGCAGCCGGCCGUGUCGCCGGACCCUACGUUACCCUCGAUCGCCGCCGUCAUGGCUGAGACGUUGAGCUCGGCAUGGUGGAGCAACUCGCUCCGGUUCUAUAGCAUCACCCUCGCCAUGUUAGAUCUGCACUUGACCUCUGGCGCAUUCCCGCAGUCUGGGCUGGUCUUUCUCUACUUUGGCAUCAUCGCGCUCUCCCGCUUCAACCUCGUCAAAUUGGCUGUGGAGGCCGGGGAUGUCUGCAUCGAGAUGCUCGAUCGAUUCCGAGAUCCUUUCUCCAUGGCGAGAGGCUACAUGGUCUAUGCCAUCUUCAUCGGCCACGUGCAGUUCCCCGUCAGCGUGGCCUUGGCACACCUGGAAGGCUCUGUCGAGUACGCUGCGGCCGCCGGAGAUCGCACAUCGUCAAUCGUGAGCGCUGGCCUGUCUGCGAUGCUCAAGUUUUACGCUAGCGAAAACCUCGCUGAUGUCGAGGCAUUCGCCCAGUAUGCCUGUGAAGACGUUCAGGGUUGGAAGGACGACACUCGGGGCGGCACUCUGCUCAUCGCCGUUCGGCAGCUCUGUCGUGCCAUGCAAGGCAAGACGAGAACGAGGGACGCACAGCACGUGUUUAGCGACAAUGUUUUCAACACCCUCCAGUACAAGUCGCGGCUCGACACGAAUGUCCUGAAUGGGAACCGCUCCAUCUUGUUCUUCGAGACGUUGGAGAUCACUCCGCUUUUCCUCUUUGGCCACUAUGACCGCGCGAUCGAGAUCGGUGCAGCCUGUUACGAGAACAUCGAUAUCAUGUGGUCUGCCCGCAACAGUCGCCACCUCAUAUUCUUCUACGGACUGUCCCUCGCUGGCCGGAUGCUGCAUCGUCUCGACGACCCGCGGUUCAACCCAGACAGCCUCGAGGCGGAGAAGCAAGAAUGCAUCCAAACACUGCGCGUGUUCACGAGAAAGAUCAAAGAGUGGGCCACGUACAACGACGUCAACUACGCUUCGUGGUACAAGAUUCUCGAUGCUCAGAUUUGCGAGCUCAGCAAGGACUACGGCGGCGCAAUCAUGCUUUACGAAGAGGCAUUGGAUCAUGCCGAAGAGCACAAUCACACCUUUGACGAGGCGCUGGGUAACUAUCUCAUGGCCGGUGUGUUCGUCGGGAGAAAAGCGAGGCGUUCUGCCCGAGCGGCCAUGAGGGACUCUGCCGCGUUGUAUCGGCAGUUUGGUGCCGUCGGCGUGGCUGAUCAUAUCGAGGAGACGCACGCGCUCCUUCUCCAUGGCCCAACACGGAACCCGCGGACCGUAGAUGCCUGUGUGCAGACGGACUUUUCAUCAGACGCUCCUCCACCGCACUUCCGUGCCAUGGACGGCGAGGAGAGCGAGGAUUUACCACUGGCUCCCAGCAGCGCGUUGGUCGAUCUGAAGGGCGAACGGAUCGGUGCCUGGCGUGGCUCCGUGCACCUCCAAGCUGGUGCCGGGGCCGGUCUGCCUGCGCUCGAUAUGAUUGACCUGCAUGCGAUCCUGCUGUCGUCUCAGGUCAUCUCGGCCGUUCUCAAUGUCGACCAGCUUCUCGAGACGAUGUGCGACGUCAUCUUACAGACCUGCGGUGGCACGGCCACACUCGCCGCCAUAAUCGUCCGCGAUGCGCAGGGAUGGUGUCUCGCGGCUAGCGGAGAUCCUGAGCGGGGAGCAAAAGCCCCUGAGAGCCGCGAGCUGCUCUCGCACACGUCCCUCGUCGCAGAGAACGGAGCAACUGGACAUGGCGGACUCGAUCCGAGUGUCUGCCGAUCUGUUGCUCACGGUCAUCAAACGACAUUUCUCGAUUUCUCGAGAAUGGAGGCCGACAAGAUGAAACUGUAUGUCAUCGCCUUCAACCCGGAGGAGAUGGUGCGUGAGGUCGUGCGUGCUGUGUCGUACAGCAACAGGCAGAAGACACAGAGGAAGAACGUUACGAUUACCAAGGACAUCAACCUUCCCCCGAUGCUCAUUUACGGCGACCCCAUCCGUCUGCACCAGGUGCUUGGGAACCUUAUCAACAACAGCCUCAAGUUCACAGAGAAUGGUUCCAUCACGAUCGGGGCGCAGGUCGAUUUCGAUUCGAACGAGAAGGCUGUGCUUACCUUCAAAGUCCAAGACACCGGCAUCGGCAUUCCACAGCAGCAGCUCGAGAAGCUGUUCCAGCCGUUUUCGCAGGCGGACGCCAGUACAGCAAGAAAGUACGGCGGCAGUGGUCUCGGACUCAGCAUCUGCAAGUCUCUGAUCGAGACCAUGAUGAAGGGCAAGAUUCACCUGGAGAGCCAAGAGGGCGUCGGCACCACGGCUUGGUUCACCGUGACCUUUGACAAGGCCACGCCGGACGUCAAUGCAGGUGACGCGCAAACCGUCAAGUCGCCGCCCAUCGCCGACCGUUUCACGAUACCCGCGACUCCGCUGAACGAGCUGGCGCCAAACCCGUUCAUCCAUCUGACGACCAUACCGAAGGACCAGAUCCGAAUUUGCAUCGCCGAGGACAACCUGAUCAACCAGAACAUUGCCAUGAAGUUCUCGCGACGCCUGGGCUACACGACGGUGGACGCGUACGAGAACGGGCAAAAGGCAAUCGAAGCACUGAGAAAGAAGGCACAGGAAGGAGAGCCAUAUCACGUUGUGCUCAUGGACGUGCAGAUGCCUGUGCUCGAUGGCUAUGAAGCGACCAAGGCAAUCCGUAGCGAGCCCUUGGAGGCCGUGAACAAGGUCCUGAUCAUCGCCAUGACGGCAUCGGCGAUUCAGGGUGAUCGGGAGAAGUGCCUGGCGGCCGGCAUGAACGAUUACAUCGCGAAACCCGUCCGGGUGGACGUCUUGGGCCGAAAGCUGGACAACUACAUCAUGCCGCACACCGCGGCGACGGGACCCGGCAGCAACACAUCCGUGAGGCCAUCCCCGGCAUCUGGCGCCUUCGCGCCGCCACCUAGACCUGCGGCGGUGCCCGUGUCUCAAACCCCGCCAUCUUCGCGCACAACGCCAAGCCCGCCCGUGUAUCCCGGCUUCGAGGGCAACGGCGUCGCCGCCAGCGCGCCUAUUCCCAUUCGCGACAAUCCCGCCUAUAGCCGCCCGUCCGUUGUGCCGCUGGCGCCAAGCCAACGAUCGAGCGAGACGCGGCUGUCGGACGCAACCGACGCGCCGUCGGUGACGCCCUCGCAGAAGCGGCUGACCAAGAAACUCACCAAGAGUCGCACGAGCAGCGAGACGAACAUGAUUCCGCCGCCGCCGCCGCCGUCAACACAAACGCAAGAGAAACCAGAGAAGACCAAAGGCGUGCUCACGAAGCGGCCGCCGCAACGGCAGGGGACGACGUCUUCGACAGACGGGAUGGAGAACGUACCGCUUGACACUGCUCAGCGGAACAGCGCAAGCUCGAGCCGGGACCGGUUUUUUAUGGGCUGA